AUGUCGACAGAAGUUUUCGUUGAUCAUAAUAAAGGAAAAGGUCAAACGGCAUUUGCAUUUAAAAAACGUGAUUCGUCAUCUUCAAUUAAAUGUUCUUCGUAUUUCGUUGAACCAUUGGAUUGGAUAUUGAACGAAGUACAAGAAGGUGAAUUAGAAGGAAAAAUAAAAUGUCCAAAAUGUCAGGCUAAAUUAGGAAACUUUAGUUGGGCUGGAAUGCAAUGUUCUUGUGGCUCAUGGGUAACUCCUUCAUUUGCUAUUCAUCGCGAAAAGGUUGAUGAAGUUUUAACAUGA